GAGCCCUUCGACCCUACAAAUCCAGAGGGAUGGGAGUCCUACGCGGAGCGGGUCGAGUUCUACCUCCGGGCCAACAAGAUCACUGACGCCGGAGCAAAGAGGGACGUUCUCCUGAGCGUCUGCGGGCCUGCCACGUUCGAGAUCGCCAAGGGUCUCUCGGCACCCGCCCGUCUGGCGGAGAAAUCCUAUGACGAGAUCAUCCGACUCCUCACGGGACACUUCUCACCACAGCCCUCGCGGGUGGCUCGCAGGUUCCUGUUCCACAAACGGGACCAGAUCGCGGGCGAGUCCGCCGCGGACUACCUGGCGGCCCUCCGAAAACUCGCCGGGAACUGCAACCUCCCCCAACUGGAGGAAGCCCUGGCGGACAGAUUCACGUGGGGCCUCCGCGACGAAAGGCUCCAGCAAAAGCUCUUCGCCAAAGAAGAGCUUACCCUCCAGGCCGCCUUCAGCGAGGCGGGCUGCAUACUAUGGGGCAGUAGGGUAGUGAUUCCGCCCCCGCUCCAAAGGCGUGUUUUAGAAUCCCUACACGAGACUCACCCCGGCAUAGUGCGAAUGAAGGCUCUGGCCAGGAGCUACGUCUGGUGGCCGGGAAUGGACGGGGAGAUCGAGGGCUGGGUCCGCAGAUGCCAGACCUGCCAGGAAUCGCGGCCCGAGCCGCCCAGCGCCCCCGUCACGAGGUGGGAGUCCACCCGGAAACCAUGGUCGAGACUCCACAUCGACUUUGCGGGCCCUUUCCAGGGGCAAACCUUCAUCAUAAUAGUGGACUCCUACACCAAAUGGCUGGAGGUCAUCCCCGUAGGGUCCCCCUCGUCCACAGCCGCGGUCAGAGCUCUGCGCAGGGUCCUAUGCACACACGGCAUCCCGGACACCAUAGUCUCUGAUAACGGGGCCGCCUUCACCUCAGCCGACUUCCAGGCGUUCCUGCAAAGAUAUCUGAUCAGGCACAUAAGGCUGGCCGCGUUCCUCUUCGAUAAUCGGAUCACACCCAACCCGGUCACAGGAGUCAGCCCGGCUGAGCUCCUCAUGGGACGCAAACUCAUAACCAGGCUGGACCGGCUGCAU